GGGAGAGAAGAGGGCCAGAUGGAUACCAGUUUAGUAUUUCUUUGAAAGUCUCAGAAGCUUGAAUGAUUUUAAGGUGUGCUUUUGUAUCACAUGCUGAAAAACAGAGAAACUGUCUUUGGAAGGAAUCGUGGUCCAGCGUGCAGAAUGCCGGCCUGCAGCCAGUGAGAACUAUAUGAAAUUGAAAAGAUUGCAAAUAGAAGAAUCGUCCAAACCUGUGAGCUGGACCAAGCAGCUAGACAAAGCUGUAACCACCAAUUACAAACCUGUGGCUAACCAUCAGUACAAUAUUGAAUAUGAAAAAAAGAAGAAAGAAGAUGGAAAACGGGCUCGGGCUGAGAAGCAGCAAGUGCUGGACAUGCUUUUUUCAGCUUUUGAAAAACACCAAUAUUACAACAUUAAAGACUUGGUGGACAUAACCAAACAACCAGUGAUCUACUUGAAAGAAAUUUUAAGAGAAAUUGGCAUCUACAAUGUGAAGGGGACACACAAGAACACUUGGGAGCUUAAGCCGGAAUACAGACAUUACCAGGGUGAAGAUAAGAGUGACUAACAGGACAGCCCAGCAAGGAGAGACUGGCCUGCAAGGAGCCCAACAUCCCUUUUUCAAAGAACACUCUGUUUGUUUGCAUCUCUGUUUUGGUAGAUAGAAUAAAUAUGCAUUAGUUUUAAUGUUUGGCAUUUUUAUCACAUUUUAUAAGAAGCCAAUAUUAAUAGGGACCAGAAGCCCAAUUAAUAGAGAUGCCAAGUUUCUCAUUAGUAAAAUGUGGGUGGCUGUGAGUCUCCAAUGAUCACCAAACCCCAAGGCCCCAUUUAUACCUGGACCUUUUCAGGUGCACGCUUUAUCAAAGGUACCCAAUAGAGAUCUGUAAUCUUCCUUGAUUGGGGUGGAGGUGGGGGUUGCAAUGCAGACAAAUAAUGGAGAGAAGAAACAAUUGCUGAGCAAAACAUCUCCUUUGAGCACAGUAAAGCACAGUAUCGUAUGGCUUGGAUCCUCACACAAGGGGGAGGGGACAAUUUUCACUCCUCCAGCAGGAGACCCAGCUAUCCCUGGAGGACCCCACAUCCCAGGAAGUUACGGCUGCUGCAGAGAGGAAUAAUCACCUCCUCCCGGACCCAUGGAAGUUCUGGGCAGGACCUUCAGCAGUGUGUUUUUCUAUAAAAGGUGACUGUUCGGAGCCUUGGUAUUAAUAAAAGCUGCUUUUUAAUUUGUA